CCGGUGGCUAGGGUUAAAACGUAGGUACGGGAUCCAAGAACCAAACUUGAGUACCUACUCGUUUGGGGGUACCACCCACCCAACAGUGAACACUACGCUGUCGGUUUUUGGUUGGCCUUAAGUGAAGGUAAGUUUAAGAUUUCCAAAACCCUUUUAUCUUAAACUAGGCCUAGCUUAAGGAUUAUUAGGAGUACUCUGUAUACUGGAAUAUAGUUUAAUUAGUUAAACUAGAAUUCAUUUAAGGGUUGACAAAUAUUAAAUUGUUUCUUCUUUGCUUCUUCAGUUCUUCCGAUUUCAUUCAAUACUCGCUAGGAAGACGAAAUGGCGCUAUUGCUUCCUGCAUCAACAUCGCCUUCAGAUUUCCACAAAUUUCCAUCUUCCAUUGGGAAAACCCUAAACUCCAUAUCGCGUCUUCCAUUUACAGUAAGAGCUGGGAAGUAUAAAAAGAGCAGCCAGAGGGCUCCGUCAUUUGUUGCUUUAUCUGUGAAGAGCAGUCGACCAGUUUGCAAAACAGGUCAAGGCGGUGCAAUUGAUAUUAAAUCAAGUAAAUGUGGUGGUGAAUAUGGGAAAUUGAUCAGAUUGAGCGAGGGAAGGGACGAGGAUGAAUUAUAUGGGUCUGUGUGCCCUGGUUGUGGAGUCUUUUUGCAGGAUAAAGACCCCAAUCUUCCCGGGUACUACAAGGAACCCACAGUCGGUUAUUCGAAAAUAGAUGUAGAGGAAAACAAUGAGGGUGUUUUGGAUGACGAUGAUGGUGGUGGCAGCGACAUCAGUGAAGACUAUGAAACGUUUGAUGAUAUUGAUAAAAUUGAAGGAAGAAUUGAAGAAAUGGAUUCCGGAAAUGAAGAUGAGAUUGAUUGGGAUACGGAACAAUGGGAAUCUGGCUUUGAAACAGAAGAAAGUGAUGGGUUGGAUGGGUUUGCUCCGGCGGGUGUAGGUUAUGGUAAUGUCACAGAGGAGUAUCUUGAGGGGUUGAAGCAGAAACGGGUGUCAAAAGCCGAGAGGAAAAAAAUAGCACGAGAGGCAGCUAAGAGCGAAAAGGAGGAGGCGGUGACAGUUUGUGCUCGUUGCCAUUCAUUGAGGUACUAUGGACAUGUUAAAAAUCAAAAGGCAGAGAACUUGAUACCCGAUUUUGACUUUGACCGGUUGAUAGCUACCAGAUUAGUGAAACCCAGUGGGAAUGCUGAUGCCACAGUUGUGCUCAUGGUGGUGGAUUGUUUAGAUUUUGAUGGGUCAUUUCCAAAGAGGGCUGCCAGCUCUUUAUUCAAGGCACUAGAAGGAAGCCAAAGAGAAGGUUUGAAACAAAGUAAAAGACUGCCAAAACUUGUUCUAGUUGCAACAAAGGUUGAUCUUCUCCCAUCCCAAGUGUCACCGGCAAGGCUUGAUAAAUGGGUGAGACGGCGUGCUAAGGCUAAUGGUGCAUCUAAACUCAGUGGAGUUUAUUUGGUUAGUGCCCGUAAGGAUCUUGGCGUGAGAAACUUACUGGGAUUUGUUAAGGAGUUAGCCGGUCCACGUGGUAAUGUGUGGGUUAUUGGAGCUCAAAAUGCAGGAAAGUCAACCUUGAUCAAUGCAUUUGCUAAGAAGGGUGGAGUGAAAGUUACAAAGCUUACUGAAGCUCCUGUUCCUGGAACUACACUUGGGAUCCUGAGAGUUAGAGGGGUACUGUCUGCCAAGGCCAAGAUGUAUGACACACCGGGCCUUCUACAUCCGUAUCUAUUGUCGAUGAGACUAAGUAGGGAUGAGCAGAAAAUGGUCGAGAUACGGAAGGAACUUCAACCUCGCAGCUACAGAAUAAAGGCCGGACAUACUGUACAUGUUGGAGGGUUACUAAGAUUAGACCUCAAUCGUGCUUCGGUGGAUACCAUUUACAUCACUGUUUGGGGGUCUCCAAGUGUCUCUCUACAUCUUGGUAAAACAGAAAAUGCCGAUGAAAUUUGGAGCAAGCACUGUGGGGUUAGGUUGCAGCCUCCUAUUACCACGGAGAGAGUUCCUGAGUUGGGCCAGUGGAAAGAAAGACAAAUCAAAGUGUCUGGCACAAGCUGGGAUGUGAACAGCAUUGAUAUUGCUGUGGCUGGUUUAGGGUGGCUUUCCUUUGGUUUAAAAGGUGAAGCGGACUUAAGGUUGUGGACAUAUGGUGGCGUCGAGAUCACCUUCCGUGAGCCAUUGAUACUUGACCGUGCCCCGUUUCUUGAGAGACCUGGAUUUUGGCUACCCAAGGCCAUCUCAGAUGCGAUUGGAAACCAAGCCAAGCUUGAAACUCAAACAACAAGGAAAAGCAAACAAGAUAAAGACACGAUCUUACCCUCAGAAGCAAAAGUAUCCUCUUGAAGACUAACACAAUUUUUUUACACUAUGGUUCAAGGAAUUUGAAAGGGGAAAAAAAGAAAAUGAUAUAGAAAACUGUUUCUCUUGUUUGGUUAAAGAAAAGAAAGAAACAAGAGAAGGAAAACCCUCUUCUUUUAGUGAGAAAAAUGAGAGAAAACUAUUUUCUUUUCUUUUCUUUCUAAAUCCCUUGAACCAAACAUAGUGUUAGUGUUGAAUGAACGGUCUACAUGAAGUGAAGCCUAACAUUUCCCUGAAGAUUGCAAAUUUUGCACGGAAAUGGUGGACGUGAUAGAGAGAUUGAGAAUGGGUUAACAUCAAGCCGGCAGCAAGAUUGAGUUAUAAAGACUGGCAACAAUUGAGUGAGUUCAAUAUUUUACUCCGUAAGCUAUACCCCGGGGUACUGCCUAUUACUUUACAGUUCAACUAUGCCAUAUGUACACCACCACCAUUGUUACAUCAUGGUGUACGCCAAGACACUUUUCACCUUCAACGCUUGAGAAAUUUCGCCGACAAUAUUCGUAGAGUUGUACUUGUAGAUGUGACACUUAUACCUACAACAUUUCUCCCACAAGUGUUGUAGAUGAAAAGUGACUUUGGUGUACCAAAGGUAUUUCCCCUUUCCAAUUUGCUCCUUCAAGGUGUAACUGCUGUCCUACUCCGUACUUCUUUUGUAU